AUGGCGUCUUUUAGAGAAAUCGCCAGUACCGAUGCCGGGUUUUCAGCUGGCUCGUACAUUUACAAGAUCAUCUCUACAUCGCCACGACAAGACCCUCUUACCUACUCUCUUACCGACCAACUAGCCUUGAUAUCAUCGGACGACUCUCUCCGCUUUCUAACAGCAGAUCUACGACCCGAUGGUCACGUCGCCAAGGCCCACGACAACAUCACGUGCCUAGAACGAGCAAAUGAUGCGUCCAGCAACGUAGUCGCAACUGCAGGAAGAGACGGAUUGGUAAAAUUCUGGGACAAGCGAAGCAAGCAAAGAGUUUUGCAAAUAGAGAGCCCACACAAACUCAUCUCAGCACUAGUAUGCGAUGCCGAGAAGAACUUGGUCGCAGCAGGCAUUGAGAACCCAGAAGAUGGACCUAACAGCUCUCCAGUUUACAUCUGGGACCAGCGCAAUCUCUCAGCACCCUUACGCUCCUACAUAGAUUCCCACACAGACACCGUGACAAACCUCUCCUUGCACCCUUCCCUUCCAAAUCUGCUCCUCUCAUCCAGCACAGACGGACUCGUCAACAUCUUCGACAGCACCCAGGCAGAUGAAGACGACGCCUUGUACCAAGUUAUCAAUCAUGGCUCUGCCAUUGCCCACGCAGGCUUCCUAUAUCCCGGCACAGACAUGUACGCCAUUGGCACGGACGAAACGGUGAGUUUCUACGCGCUACAGAGCCAGAAAGAGGAGGAAGAGGAGCCAGCGCCCAAGGUAUGUGGUGAUGUGAGGGAAGAACUGGGCUGCGAGUAUGUGAUCGAUUUGUGUUGGAUUGGCGCGCAGCCAUGUGUAGCAGCCGGGAAACACAGCGAGAAACAAGCUACUCUCACACCCAUCACAAAAGGCACAAACGGCCCCUUGGACUACACCUUCGAUCUCACAAACGCCACAUCCCUUGCUGGCGCCCACGGCGAAGAAAUCGUCCGCGACCUCUUCACCGAUAUACACACACACACCACAUACACCUGCGGCGAAGACGGCCAGAUCCGCGCAUGGAAGACGUCAGACAACGCAGACAUGCAAGGUGACGCGGCGGCAUCGGCGAAAAAGAAACGCAAGGAGAAGAAGGAAAAGGACAAGGCGAGGUUUAAGCCUUAUUAG